UAGAACUGUCUAAUCACAGAAUGGCACCACUGAAGCAUAGGCUGUCACCAGCUGCUAGUUUGUUAAACAGGAAACUAAAACCAAGAACCCCUCCACUGCUAGAAACUGAUGUCGAAAUCACUGGAGACUGGAGAAGCAUAGAGACAAAUAAGGCAAAAUGAAAAAAUCAGUAUAAUUUGGGGGCCUGGGAGCUGCAACCACUUUGUGAAAAUGGCACUGUGCUUAUCUGUGAUAGAAGACAAUGGCCACAAACAGCAGUGACGUUGUCACCCCAGAUGGACACACACUAAAGAGGAGUAGGUGACACUGUCUGCAAAUUUUAGAAGGGAGGGAAAUAAGUGGUAGUGAGUUACUAUUGGAGGCAUGAUCUAAAGCUGAUUGAAGUCACUGAGAGCCCAGGGAGCAAGGUGCUGCACACACAUGUAGUGAAAAGCAGUCACUGCCCCCGAAAUCUUACAGUCUUAUGGGAAGCUACAGCAGAGCAGGCAGGAGAUAAAUACAGAACUGGAUAUGGGGGCAAGGAGAUGGGAAGCAAAGGCCAGCCUCUGUUAGCAGCGUGUUACUCUUGAUUCCUAGAAAACGACGUGUCCUGAUUCCUCCAAACCGGUUAAUAAGAAUCAGUGAAAGGUCACAAUGAAAUGAGAUAUUUCCUCCCCCUCUCAGCUUUUAAGAACUGCAUCUGUGGCAGGGACCAGGUGGGUGUGAAAACACCAAAAAUAGGAAGUUCAGAGACCGAGUCUCACACUUCAGCUCCACGGUGUUCAGGGCUGUAUCUGCUCCUUGAAAGGAGGCAUAUAUGGGUGUGGAAGCUGAAGUUCAGAGGACAACAGGUAUAGGGGAUACCCCAAUUUCAUUAUUUCCCAUGGGGAUCCAUUCCAGUCUUGGACAGCCAUGGUCAUUGCUGAUUCCUGUAUGUGUAAAGACGCUCCAGCUGCCAGGGAGUGAGAACUGAGAGGGUCAGUGAUCCAUCUGCUGUGAGGCGGCUGUCCCACCAGCAGCUCUUGGCUCAGGUGACAAAGAAGGAGUUAACAAGUGUGAUUGCAAGAACCCCAGGCCAGUGACCAGCCCAGAGCACAGGGAGCAGGACUGAGCUGGUGGGCGCAGGCUGGUGUGAAGAUGAAGUUGUUCUGCAGUGCUCUGCUGGCUCUGUGCUGGGCUUUCAGGGUUGGAGAAUCUCGAGAGAGUCUCCCGAUGCAGAGCCUGCGCUGCUACAAUGACUACACCUCCCGGACGACCUGCACGUGGCAGGAGUGCACAGCGGCACGUCGCUUCAUCCAGGUGACUCUUCACCAUGAGGACAAUAUAGACAAGAGAAGCACACAGAUCCCAUGUGAGCCUCAGGGAGGCAAGGAGUUGCCGAUCUGCCAGGACUCCUGUGUCUGCUGGAGCUGCCACAGGAACAGCACCCAUUUUGGACUUCGGGUGAACGACAAUUACAGUUUCAAACCUGAUCGGUUGCUGCAGGCUGAGCUGAACGUCAGCCUCUUCCAGAAUGUCCAGACCCUCCCACCUCAGAAAUGUUCGAUCAAUGGCACAGAAGCAGCCUGGGAAGCAGCUGGAGGGAGAAAGAGAAGAUACCGGCUGCCCAAUGCACUGGAGCUUGACAUGACCUACAAGCGGGAGUGGGAAUCCUGGGAGAAAUCUUCCUCAGUGUCAGUCGCAAAAUCCUCCCACUGCUUGAUGAGGUGUAAUGCCCUUGUGCCAGACAGAACCUACGUUUCUCGUGUGCGAUCCAAGCCAAGCCAGGGCGCUGGUUGGUCUGGACAGUCCAGCGAAUGGAGCACUGCCGUGUCCUGGAAGUCCCAGGAAGGGGAUGAGGCUCAGCCCAAGAACCUUCACUGCCUCUUCAAUGGGGUUGAUCGGCUAAUGUGCAGCUGGAAAGUGAGGACAGAAGUCACCAGCUCUGUCUUGUUCACGCUCUUCUACAGAACCCCACCGGCAUCAGAAGAGACAGAAUGCUCUCCAGUCCAUGAGGAGGAAUUGCCUAGCAGCCACUACCUGUUCCACAGCUGUGAGAUCUAUGUCACCAACCCCAGCAGGCUGAGCCAGUACCUCAUAACUGUCCGGCCCAAGGAGGAGGAGAAACUGAUAGAAGCCUCCCAAAACAUCAAGCCGCUUGCGCCUGUCAACGUGACAAUGACAAAGACGAAAGACCAGGAGUAUGAGCUGAGAUGGACAAAACAGAUCCUAAGAUAUAACCAUAUAGGCCAGAGAUAUGAAUUCUUGUAUUGGAAGACUGGUGACUCUUUGGAGAAUGCCCAGAUUGUAAACAUUAUCAAUGACAAGCCUCCCCGCAUCUUCAUCCUGCAGAUGCUGGAGCCCUCCACACACUAUAGGGGAAAAAUGCGGGCGAGGGUGCACUCGGAUGGCUACAAGGGGCCCUGGAGCGAGUGGAGUGAGGAGUGCACCUGGGAAACUGAGAGUGUUUCUUCACCACUGAUCCUCCCACUGCUGGUCCCAGCCUUCACCAUCAUGCUGAUAGCAUUUGGCUGGUGUGGUUAUAGAUGCCUACUCAGCAAGAAGAAAAAAUGGGAGGAAAAGAUUCCAAAUCCCGGCAAGAGCCAGCUGCUCCAGAGCUACUUCCAGAAAGGACCGCUCAGGAUUCCGCUGCCGAGCAGCCAGCUGGGCUUUGGCAAGCAGAGCCCUUCCGAGAAGACAGACGUGGUCAGCUGCAUCCAAGUGCUGGAUGGACCAAUGAAAGUAAGUUCAGCACAGCUCCCUGCAGCCAUGGCCGAUAGGAGGAUGUGCGUCCUUGGUGCACUGGACCCAGAGAACCCAUGUCCAAUUCUUGAAAUGGCAACUCCAGCUCCACAUCCUGUAGCCAUGGCUGGCUGCCAUUCAAGUCAGGGCACCAGUCAGUCCCUGUCGCCAGCCACGCUCCCCUGGAGGAGCAGUGCUAAGGUCAUUGCUUCUCAGGCACCCAUGUCCUGCUUUGACUUUAAUGGUCCAUACUUGCACUUCCCCCAUGGGUGCUCCCUGUCUGACAUUCAUCAGGACUGGGAAACUGCCCCACCCCAGGGAGCCCCUUCCCAGACCCUGCUGGUGGGGGAGGAGAGAGGAGCAGCUCAGCUCCACCCCAUCUCUGCUCAGAAAGAGAUGAAGCAGCCCCUUGCUGGAAGGCAAGAAGGGCCACAAGGCCAACCAGCAGGUGGGGUGGCGCAAGGGGACACCGAAGGUCAAAGGUCACCAAUUGCUGCCAUCUUAAACAAGUCCUGUCAGAAAUGGCCAGUGGGAUACGUCACCUCGGAAAAUCUGUCACUGAUGCCAGCAAGAUACUCUGCCCAUCUGUCCCAUGUACUGGCCCCGGCGGAGGGAAUGCUCACUGCUGCUGCCAUGUUGACAUCCAACCCAUGACGGCCCCAGGCCAUGUCGGGCACCUCCAUCACUGCAUUGGGCCCUGAGACAACUGAUGUCGCACUCCCAGUUUCAUCUCCAGCAUCAGCCACUCCCUCUGGAGCGCACCAGCAUAUAUUUGGGAGUCACGUACGUUCCUCCAGGCCCCGCAUGGCACCUCAAAACCCAUCAGUGUUUCCUGACCCUUUCUGUCAGAGGGGGUUGAUACUUCUAAAGCAGAGCCUGUGCACGAGAGUAACGUGGUCAUGUUCAACCCCGAUGACACUGGGCCAGUUUUUCUACACGAGAUGGAGGACUACUGCUUCUUUCCUAGCCUCAAACCCACACACAGGCCAUUCAGCUCAUCAGAACUCAAAAGUGUGACGCUUACUUUGCAUUACCACUAUGGGAAGGACCAAAACCAGCUGUCAGGGCCAGGGAACUCUGCUAACUCUGGGAGAGGACUGGUGAAGACAAGAGAGCAGGUGACUGGAUGAAAAUUCCACCAUUCAAAGAAUGUCACCUCUAUUGUUUCCCCCCCUGUUCUCCACCCCUCUUACACUGGGAAACAAAAAUAGCAAUUCUUCUUUCCAGCCCUCUCCACUCCCAAAGGGGGUGGAAGACAUCAAUCAGUACUAUGUUCUCCUCAGCUAUAUUAGUAUAUUUGGAUACAGAAACCAGGAAAUAUAUCCCCAUUGGAGAGAGCUGCUCAUUACACACACUCUAAUCCCCUUGCCAUUACCAUGUUAGUCUUGCUAUGGUUCUGGUGCAGAACAUAAUGUUGAGUUCAAUGCAAACUUCACGGCAUGAAUGAUCAAACUGCAUGUCACCGAUAAGACUCUGUCACAAGCACCUGGAAUGAAAUGCCUCGCAUUCUUUAAACAGAUCUAGGUUAUUUAGAGAGAUAAUACUCAUCCAGAAGAAUUGGUGUUGGAAGGGUGUAGAUACCAAGGAGGGAUUGGAAUUGUUGAGUAUGGGACAAAGUGGGUCAGAGUAAGGGAUGAAACAGAAACAGAGAAAUUUGACUGGGGAUCAGGAAACCUUUCCUAAUUGUGACGUCUACUAUCCUGUGGAAUAAUGUCCUUAGGGAAGCAGUGGAAGACCAAUCAUAGGAGAUAUAAAACUAGAUUGGAGAAAACAAUGGAGAAUAUACAUUAUUGCAGGGAAAGCUGGGGGGAAGAGGCUCUUAAGAUGGACAAGCUACGAUUUAAUUGGUCUGUUCUAUCUCUAAUUCAGAGCAAUCUAGGGUGACCAGAUCGCAAGAGUGAAAUAUCAGGACACGUUGGGCGAG